AUGGCCACUUCGACAAAUGAAGACAUUUACAUCAGUCGCCAAACCGCAGCGAGAACGCAGAUGGUUGGAACAAAAGAAAUUUAUACUGUAGUCAAACAAUGCAACUUUCUGAUAGUUUUAAACUCAAAUUUAACAGCACUUGAUACCAGUGAUGUCGAGUGUAUUUUAUUAUAUGACACCAUUGAUAAUCGUCCAGUGCCUUAUGUUCAUUGUCCACCAAUAAAAUAUAAAAUUCAAGAAAUGGAAGAACAUAUACUUACUGUUGAAUGCAAAUUAACUGUGUUAUCGAGUCAACACGAAGAUUCUCUUUUUAAGGUGAAGGUUAUUUUAAAGAAAGAAGGAAGAGAAAUCGCGACACUAAUAUCCUGCUCGAUAAAAUGCACCUCCAAACUCGAGUCAAAGAAAAAACCUAAAUUUGACUCAUUGAAAUCGAACAACGAGAAGCGGAUACGACCGUCAAAAAUAGUGGGGUCCAACUCCAACUCAUCUACUCCGACAUCCGAGUCAAGUAUAACCACACAAUCCCUUCUUAAUACAAACACUAUACUUAUGGAUGAGAUCAGAAAGAAUUUAAAUAAAGGAUAUAAUUUCCCUUCCUUUGAAAUCGGGUUUACUAAAUUCAUUCAAUUAUCUGGACUGAUAGAAAGACCAUUCUUGCGACAGUAUUACAUCGAUAGUAUAAGAGCUAUGAGUGGCAAUUUGAUCUGUGGGCUUGACGAAAUCACAAGCGUUCUUGGAAACACACCACACCAAAGUUACUCAAAUCCAAUAAAUCCACAAAUUAGAUUUGAUAUCCCACAGAACCAACCACUGCGACAAACACAAUUCUGCAUGGCACAAGAUUUACCUAACACAAUGAAUACUCCGUUUAUGAACUAG